AUGUACAAAACCAGCUACUCGCGAGAAGUUCGUAAACAGAAGUAUGAAAGGUCUGAUGGCUUUGAUGAACAAAGUCUUGUAGAUUUUAGCAGCCUGGGUUUAUCACAAGCGCAUGGCUUUGAACACUUGCAGGAGCUGAAUGAAAGGUUUGCUAAUUACAUAAAUCGAGCUAGAGUGCUAGAGCAAAGAAAUGCCAUCUUCAGAAAGCAACUGGAGACCUUCCAAAGGAUGGAUGAGAUCUCCGGCCUGGAAGAAGCUUUUGCAGAACAGAUUGAUCUGAAUCGGCAGAGGAUUCGUGAACUGUCUUCAGAUCGGUCCAAACUGGAGAGAGAGUACAAAGAUGCACAUAGGAUGGUUGAUGAAUUUAAAAACAAGUACAAAAAUGAAUGUGAAUAUCAGCUAUUCCUGAAAGACAAUCUGGAGCGACUUAAUAAGGACGCUGAUGAAGCUUUGCUGAGUAAUCUAGAACUUCAGAUUGAAUCGCAGUUCCUACAAGAUGACAUUAAUGCUGCAAAGGACCGAUAUAAAAAGAAUCUCAUGGAAAUUCAGACUUAUGUUAACAUAUUGCAACAGAUUAUACACACAACCCCUCCUGUGAGCUCCAUCACUGUUGGCAUGUACGAGGAAAAGUUGAUUUCUGAAAGAAGAAUUCCUAUACUGCAAAGCCAACUUGAAGAAUAUAAGAGCAUCUUGUGUCAGCUACACGCACAGAAGGUUAAGCUCCAGUCUGAGACGUCCAUGCUAGAACAAGCGAUUAAAAACACCCAGGAAAGCUAUGACGAUGAGAUACAGCUGUACAAUGAACAGAUUGAAGUCAUUAGGAAGGGAAUUGAAGAAGCUGAAAGGAAUCUGGAGAAAUACACAAAUGAUUGCCGUCAGUUGGUAAUCUACCAGCAGUCCUUGGAAAAUGAAUUGGAGAGAUAUAAACGUAUCAUUGAGAAUGAAGACAACAGACUGAACUCUGCAAUAGUUGGGACCCCAAUCACACUUUUCAUGCAAAGUUUUAAAACCUCUCAGAUAUCACCUACAAGAGGCAAAGAUAUUACUCUAGCUAUACAAGACAUUGCAACAGCCAAACCAAGGCAAAAGGGUAUCCCAAGGAAGACUUUGAGAAAAAAAGAACUACCAAUGGAUAAAAGUGAUGUUAAUAAUGAGGACAAAGUUGUAGAGAGAAAACAAGAGGGGUCAGAAAAGAGACAACCAGAAACAAAGUUUAAUACUACUGAGAGUGGUUUAUCUGAGAAAGACUUUGAAAUGUUAGAACAUGACUUUUCUCCAGAGGAUGUACCAGAUGGAGCACAGAUAAGUAAAGCAUUUAAUAAGCUAUGUAAUAUAGUACGAGAUAGAAUAAGAGGGUACAAGAAGCCAGAGCCUUCUCCAGAUUUCUUCACCAAGGGUCGUUAUGUUCUUGUAACAGGUGAAUCAAGUUACAUAGACCCAUGCUUCUGUUCCAUCACUCCUCAUGCUGGAGGUAGGGUAACUGUUAGAGUUAUGUAUGAUAUCAUGCCAGGUGAUGAUAUAGUACUACCAAUUCCUGAAUUACCAGAGCCUUCUGAGCCUUCUGAGCCAUCAGAGAGUGAAGAAGAUGAUGCUAGUUCUGAAGGGAAAAAAGAAGAAGAACCAGAAAUUGAUGAUACACCUAAAGAUGAAGAUGAAGAAGGAAAGAAGGAAAAUGAUAAACAACCAGAGGCUAAAGAUGAUGCCAAAAAGCCACCAGAUGUUAGUAGACCAGAUGAUAUACCACAAAAAUCAAGAAAUUCUGAAAGUUCAGGAAACAAGCAUCUAACACCUUUCACAGGGAGAGAGUUUCCAAGCUCUAUGAGCUAUGAAAAGGUUGAAGUUGUAGAAUCAAUUGAGAGGAUUACAGAUGAUAAAACAAAGAGUUACGAAGAAACUGCAAUGAUCAUGGAAACCAUGAUCGAAAAGACAAGGAAAAAAUAG